ACCAUGUCGACAUCUUAACUCCUCUUUCCUAUCUUGAAGAAGAAGUUUGGACGACGUCUCUCUCCCCUACUUCACUCGGAAUCCAGCUUCCGAUUUGAUAUACAUUACGAUUUGCUUGCAACAUCAUCGGGACAGAAAAGUCGCCGUAAGAAUGAGGCCGCCGCCGGAGAAGCCGAUCAACGUGAAUGCCAUCACCAAGAAGAUUGAUGUCGACAAUCGAAUUCCUAUUCGAAAUUAUUACCGAAUCGCCGAUAAUCUCCUCAAACAGGCUAGUAUUUACCGGGAGGAGAAGAACAUUGUAGAUUUGUAUGUCAUACUUCUCAGAUAUGUAAGUUUGGUGACUGAAACUAUUCCAUUGCAUCGAGAUUAUCAAACAUUGUUUACGAAAGAUAGAACAUUUAACAAAAAGAAAGCAUUUGCUGUAAUGGAUGAGUUAGAGUCUUUGAAGCCAAAAUUUCAACGUCUAAUGAAUGAGCCGAAUAAAGCUCAUGAUAGAGAUGUCCAAUAUCGAGUUGGAGCACCAGCAAGAAAAUUAUCUCCUUCAGAGACAUCUAUUAGAUGCCACCAGUCUGGUCAUAAACAAGUAAAAAUCCUGCAGUUGUUUAAAAUUUAUAUAGAUCGAUGGCCUAUUUUUUAUAGAAUUUCAUGUUUUGGGUGCUUAUCAGUUUCCUUUCAUCUUCAGUUGCAGUCUGGACAAAUAACACCAUCCUUACAUAAGCAGAAUACAGGUCAAACUCAAGUUUUACAACCCAGUACACUCGACAUCCAAUUUCAGAAGCUGUCUAUCAAUAUGCCAAAGCAAGAAACAUUGUCCAGACAUUCAUUCUUAGGCCCCAAUGGUUUUAGAGGUCAGUGGCUUGCACCAAGACCAGAGAUAAAGGUUCAAUAUCCAAGCUAUUCAGACUUCGCUUCAAGUGACAAUUUAGGCUUGAUCCAGACUGAAGAAUAUGAAAUUGCAGCAGCGAAAGACAACAUCUCAAAGUUGGAUUUAUCUCCUAUGGAAUCUGUUCUUUCUUUGGAUGAUGGCGAAUGGCACAAACCUUCCUCAGUGAAUAUUGAAGCAAACAAUGGUCAUCUACCACUUGGAAUCAUAAGGCAACCUUCUCCUCCCCCUGUCCUUGCUCAGGUUCAACCUGAGUAUCAUCCAAUUUCUCCUUCUAGAGUGGCAGAUCCAAGGCCUGGACCAGCAAAAGCACACCAGGAUGGAAUGGCUAGCUCUAGCUCUAACUCAUACCAGAACUUGCACAUACCUGUAAAAAUGAUGGAUGAUUUCUUAAGGCUGGCAAGACAAAAUACUGAAAAGAACCUAGAAACAUGUGGUGUUCUUGCAGGGUCUCUGAAAAAUAGGGUGUUCCAUAUCACUACCCUUAUUAUUCCAAAGCAAGAAUCCACUUCAGAUUCAUGCCAGACGUUGAAUGAAGAGGAUAUUUUUGACGUUCAAGAUAAACUUUCACUCUUUCCACUUGGAUGGAUUCAUACUCAUCCAACGCAAACCUGUUUUAUGUCCUCGGUUGAUCUCCACACUCAUUACUCGUACCAGAUAAUGUUGCCAGAAGCAAUUGCAAUUGUAAUGGCCCCAACUGACACAUCGAGUCCUCAUGGUAUCUUUCACUUGUCUGAUCCUGGUGGCGUUUCUGCAAUUCGAAACUGUCAACAACGCGGAUUUCAUCCUCACGAGGAGUUAGACGAUGGAAGUCCAAUUUACGAGCACUGUUCUCAUGUAUUUAUCAACGAGAAUAUGAGAUUCGACGUUAUUGAUCUCAGGCGAGAUUAGGGUUUGAAUUGUCUUGUGAAGUAAUUUGUCAGAUUUUAUCUAUUUGCUUCUGUAAAUUAUUUACAGAUAUCUUUUUAAGUACUGAAUGAGAUGAGAGUAUGUAAAAUGAUAUAGCUUCAUAUAUCUUCCACUAUAAAAUUAACUUUCACAGUUUUGGUCUUUUA